ACUAAAACCUUAGCCGCCACGCGUCGCCGUGCUUUCUGCCCAAGCUUUGGUUGCUCUCAUAAUUUCAGGGGAAUCGUCGAGAUACAGAAGGAGAUAGACAAGGAUGGGGAGCGACAGUGAGAACGGAAAAUCUUUGAAGGAGAGGAAGAAGUUGAUGUCCGUCUCCCCGAUUGCCAAACCCUUAGCCGGAAAGAAGUUAUGCAAGCGGAUCCUAAAGCUCGUCCGACGAGAUUGUGUGUUAUUGCUGGGAAUAUAUCUCCUAUUGACGUGAUUACCCAUGUGCCCAUCUUACUGGAGGAAGCUGACAUUCCUUAUAUCUAUGUUCCUUCAAAAGAGUCAAACAGCAAGACUGACUACGGAGAUUCUCCUUGCACCAUGCUCUUCAACUCUUGGCAAUAGCCUGCCUAUUUCUCCUGAUCUUGCAGUUGCUGGGGUUACCAAGAGGCCAACUUGCUGCGAAUUGGUGACAACUAAACCAAUCAAAGGCGAGCUGACGCAGGAUGUACAAGAGAAGCUGCAGGCAGAUUACAACCAGGUCGUUGCAGAAGUGAAGGAGCUCACAGCUUCCCUCUUCUGAAUGUUCUAAACGUCCAAGUCUGGUACACAUCAUGUUUGCAGUUCUUACAUACGAGCAGUUUCUUCCACUUCUAUUGUAAGCCUAAUCCUUCCACAGCUAUCUGUAGAUGCCUAAUAAAAGACAGUAAUAGAAAAGGGUUGAUUAGUCGUAGGCCAGUUUGUAUGCCAAUUAAGCUUCGUCAACUGUGGAGUCUUGAUCUUAAGUUAGGAUUGAUUUUGGAUGCCAACCAUUAGUUCUUCCUACUUUGACUCGAUAUCCAGAAGCAAGAGUUUUGAAGAUAUCCAUCACUGCAUGUUGAUUAGUAGGAUCUUAUUGUAAUAUUGGUAUUAAACAUCAGAUUGAAGUCCUUGUUAACUAGUUGCGAGGUUAGUUCUUUAUCCUAAUGUGACUGAUCUUUGUUAAUUGACAAAAUUUUGAACA